CCCUCGCCCUCCAUUUGGCAAAUCUGACCAUGAUUUAAAAAUAUUUGAGCUAACAUUUUUGAGGCCGUUCUCUUGGCCGCAGAGAUGUGUUUUAAAGCUUAUUUCCUGCAUUUCUAUACAUUUUGCCACGGCUUCUGUCAUGUUCUUAUGCUGAGUGACUCAAACAUUAUAACAAAAUGAAUGGGGUUCUCCUUGACUUUAAUUUAGGAGAUUGUUAGUUCUCAUUAUCUGUUUUUCUACCUACUUUAUAUCUGAUUUUAGUCAUUUAAGUGUACACUGAAAACAUUUUAUUAUCCUGAAAAGAAUUUCCGGCUGUGGUGCAGCGAGGAAGGCCUGUGUAUUCCAUGCAUGCCUCACCACAAACAGCGCAGUAAACAAAGGCCUUAACCCUGUGUAUUCCCAUGGAGAGCAGGCAAUAAAAACGCAUCUAAUCAUCUGAAACAGGGGGUAACUGCCCUGGGCUUUACCUUGAAUCAGUGCUCGGAGAUGGGAAUGAGAAUCUGUACCCUGGGGAGUCAGCAUAAUGCAUCACUUUAAGUGCAGCUAAAUAACCCGCACAUCUGUAAUCACAUUCCCUUGCAUGUUUUAUACAGAAUCCAGAUGAAAUGAUGUUUGUGUGUCUCCCAAGACAUAGGUGAAGACAGAAUAUCUCUUGUGAAUCUAACAAAUGUGACCUGGAAAGUAUGCCUAAAAAAAAAAAUCUUGGUCAAAACGAUCAAUUUGAUUUAUUAGAUUUCGGAAGAAAACUUUUCUUUUGGUUUUGCAUACUGGUGAUCUGACUUGUUAGACAGUGAAGAGAAAGGGAAGGAUACCCACACAAAUGCAGAAAAAGGGAGAGGUUGGCCCUCCCUGCCUCCCAAAGGGGCACAGGCAAUUUUCAGCUCUAGUGAUCCAGCUCCAGGAGCAGCAAAGUCCAAUGGUGGAACAAUACUCAACUCAUGUAUUCACACAUCCACCCCACAGUGGCAACUGGCUCUCCUUGGCGUUUAAAAAAACACACUAAACAUGGGGAAAUGGGGACAGUGGAAAUCAAUGACAUGGGAGAUGGGACUACACCACAAAUCACAGGAAGGCAAUACAAAUAUAGAUAUAUUCAUAAGAUAAUCUAACAUUAAAAAAUAUGUUUUAGCCAAGGAGAAAACGGUGUACAUGACAGGGCAAUAGAAAACAAAGUCAACGACUGCAAGGGAGUCAUUAUCCACCUCACAGGCUGGGAUGGCACCAUUAUCUCUCUGUCACGUUUUGUGCCUCAGCACCAAUCACUGGGGGAUAUAAAGUGAGUUCAGAAAUGAUUGACACCCUUGAUAAAGAUGAGCAAUAAAGACUGUAUAAAAUAAAGAAUUCAAAUACUGAGCUAUAUUGUAUGCUGAAAACAAUGGAGAAAUUAAUUGUGAAUAAUGAUGAGUGAAAAAGUUACACAGGGUCAACGGUCAUACCCCCAAGACAUACUAACCUCCCCUGUUAUUGGUAAUGGUGAGAGGUGAGCAUGUGCCGUGACUCGGGGGUUGUAUGUAACUCUCACUCCUGCUGAGCUACAGCUAAUUCUCGGUCAGAGGGAGCAAAAGGCCAUAAAGGCGGGAAUUCAUCGUGAAAAACAGAAAAAAAAGAAGGAGAAGGCCAAGCAGCUCCGCCCGCGGUCAGCCAGGGAUUGCAGCAUCAGCAGGCUCACUUCCAUCGUCAGCACCUUCACCUUCAGCCAAAAGUGGAGCCCGGGGAAUUACCAGAACAGGGGGGGUGUGCAGUGAAACGUGAACUUCCACUAACCCCCUUCUUUGACGUCCUUCUGGAAGGAGACGUCAAAGAAUAACAACGAGGACUGGGGGUUUGAGGAGGGGCAGUCCAUUAUGGACCAGAUGUUACCAGUUUUAAGGGAGUGAUUGAAUGAGCGGAAAUUACAGUAUUGUAUGAAUUUGAUGUAACCGGUUUGUGGGGAGGAGUGUGUAAUGGAGGCAUGAUUAUACUGUAUGUCUUUGCAGGUUAGAAGGGGUCUGCUUUGUUUCAGGGCCUAUUUUUUGGACCUCUCUCUUUUUGGGGAUUUUUUUGCUAAUGAUUUACUGUUUUUGUUCUUCACUUUUCGGGAACACUGUUGUUGGGGGCUGAGCCUUUUUCUGAAUUCUUCUAAGACAUCAGUUAGAGGUGCAAAGGCGAUUCAACGCCUGAACUCCAACUGAAUAGAAGAACAUCCCCAAGACCAGAUGCAAUGGAGAUGUUCAAUUUCACCAACUUCACCUACUGGAAUGCCUCAGAAGGCACUGACGCAGGGCCUGUCACUGAACCCGAAAGCCCAUACAAGACUGUGGAGGUGGUGUUCAUCGUAUUGGUGGCUGGGUCCCUCAGCCUGGUCACCGUUAUUGGAAAUAUCCUGGUCAUGCUUUCCAUUAAGGUCAAUAGGAACCUACAGACUGUCAACAACUACUUUUUAUUCAGCCUUGCAUGUGCUGACCUAAUCAUCGGGCUGUGUUCCAUGAACUUGUAUACAGUAUACAUAGUGAUUGGCUACUGGCCCUUAGGGCCUGUGGUGUGUGAUCUGUGGCUAGCCUUGGACUAUGUAGUGAGUAACGCAUCUGUCAUGAACCUACUCAUUAUCAGUUUUGACAGAUACUUCUGUGUCACAAAGCCCCUCAGCUACCCUGUCAAAAGGACCACCAAGAUGGCAGGGAUGAUGAUUGCUGCUGCCUGGGUCCUGUCCUUCAUUCUGUGGGCCCCGGCCAUCCUUUUCUGGCAGUUCAUCGUGGGCGGGCGGACAGUGCCUGAGAGGGAGUGUUACAUUCAGUUCUUCUCUAAUGCAGCAGUCACCUUCGGCACAGCCAUCGCAGCCUUCUACCUGCCCGUUAUCAUCAUGGUCAUUCUCUACAUACAGAUUUCUAUAGCCAGUAAAAGCCGGGUAAAGAAGGAGACCAGGAAGCCGUCAGGGCCCAACCCAGAGGCCCUGUCCCACGAGCAGGCAAGGGCCAGUAAUACUGCCAAGCCCAUCAACAACAACCUGACAGCAGAGGACACAGAGCAGGGCACGACCCAAGCCACAGAUGACGUGGCAAACCAGCACGAAGGUAAACAACAGAACGGCAAGGGCCCGUCCACCACGGGUGGAGAGGAGGAGAUGGAGGGUGAAGACGGGGGAAGGGAGAACUGUGCCCACGGAGAGGAGAAAGAGAGCUCCAACGACUCUACAUCUGGCAGUGCAGCGGCGUCCAACCACAAAGAAGAAGAAGCGGUGCCAUCCAGAGCAAACUGCAACACCGAGCUCGUUCAGCAGCCAACCCGCCACCGGGCCAAGGCAGGCGGCUCCAAACUCACCUGCAUCAAGAUUAAGACCAGUUCUCUCAAGGGGGACUGCUACACGCCCUCCAACGCCACGGUGGAGAUCGUCUCCGCCGCGGAGAAGCAGAACCAUGUGGCGCGGAAAAUCGUGAAGAUGACCAAGCAGCCGCCCAGGAAGAAGAAAGCACCACCGUCUCGGGAGAAGAAGGUGACCCGUACCAUCAUGGCCAUCCUGGUGGCCUUUGUGGCCACCUGGACCCCUUACAAUGUCAUGGUGCUCAUCAACACCUUCUGCUCCAGCUGCAUCCCCAGCACAGUCUGGACUAUCGGCUACUGGCUGUGCUACAUCAACAGCACCAUCAACCCCGCCUGCUAUGCCCUCUGCAAUGUCACUUUCAAAAAGACAUUCAAACAUCUCCUCCUCUGCCAAUACAAAAACAUUAGGUCAGCUAGAUGAAUAUAGAUGCGAGUGUGCGUGUGUGUGUGUGUGUGCGUGUGUGUGCGUGUGUGUGCGUGCGUGCGUGUGUGUGAGAGAGAGAG